AGACGGAAGCGAGCCAGGAUCCUUCAGUACUGCUAACGAGACCUGUAAAAUCUAAGGGAAUGUGUAUUUUGUUCUAUAAGAUGCCCUUUCCACAGGCUUGAAACUUCCACUGGAGCCAUCUGUGUCAUCGAGUGCUGACGAUUAUGACGUACCACAUUGAGCUGGAUUGCAACAAACUUUCAUUUUAGAGUUCCCGUGUCUCCAGCAAAACGCGGGAAAUGUAUUCUCUAGGCUGGAUUUUCCUGGCUUUUGUCUUAACGGCAGUUGCCACGGGACAAGAAUUCAAUUGCACCUUUGAGGGCAGCAAUUUAUGUGGUUGGACACAAUCAACUAUUGAUAGCUACGACUUGGUGCUAGACUCUAGGGGAACAUCGACUGACAAUACAGGUCCAAGAUACGAUCAUACGAUCGGUGACACUUCAGGAACCUACUUAUACCGAGAGGCUUCCGACAGAAACAAUGGUCCGGACGCAGUUUUACUGAGUCCAGAAGUGGCUUACAUUAUGGACCAGGUGUACUGCUUUAUGUUCUGGUACAACAUGUUUGGAAAAGGCACAGGAUCCCUGUCUGUCUAUGCGUAUCCAACCGAUGAUGGCCACAAUGUUUCAUCCAAACAACCCUUGUUUAGCAUUUCGGGUCAACAGACCGGCCAGCAUGCAUGGCUACGCGCUCAAGUCGACGUUUCUAACCAAACAUCAAAUUUCACAGUGGCUGUGGAGUUGGCAACUAUCGGCUUUGCUACGAGCGACAUGGCAAUUGAUGACGUUGAACUUUGGUUGACUGACUGCCCAACGCAAAGCACGUCCUUCAACUGCAGUUUCGAUGACGGUCCCUGUGGUUGGACACAGUCCACUGAUGAUGACUAUAACUGGGCGCUGGAACGUGAAAGAACUCGUACAGGUCACACGGGACCAAGAUUUGACCACACUAUUGGAGAUGCAACCGGAUUGUUCUAUUAUGCGGAGGGCAACGGACCAUCAGUUAACGACAAGGCUGUACUUCUCAGUCCGAAUAUUUCUGGUUCCCUCACACAAGAUUCCUGGUGUUUCAGUUUCUGGUACAACAUGUAUGGUCGUGACAUAGCAUCCCUGCAUGCGUAUGUGAUUCCUGCUGGUCAGAGUACCAAUUUAGGUACUCAAACUCCAGCCUUCUCCGUAACUGGGCAACAAACUGGCCAGCGAGUAUGGAUAGAGGCUUUGGUAGAUGCCACCAACCAAACAUCUGAUUUCAUGGUAGCAUUGGAGGCUGUUGCAGGGAGUGCUGAUCAAAGCGAUAUUGCAAUCGACGAUGUUGCAAUAUCUCCGGGGCCUUGUACUAGAGAUACCGAUCUUAGCUUCAAUUGCAACUUCGAGCAAGGCUAUUGUGGAUGGACACAGUCUACUGAUGAUGACGUUAAUUUGGCUUUGGAGCGGGGACAAACAUAUUCAUCUUCAACUGGACCCAGUUUUGAUCACACCCUUGGCAAUGAAGAUGGAACUUACUUAUACUUUGAGGGUAAUGGUGGUAGCGGUAGCGCUAUUGUGAUCAGUCCCGUGGUAUCCACUUUCAACGGAAGCAGGAUCGUCGUCAGUUUCUGGUACAACAUGUAUGGGACAGACAUAGGCAACCUUACCGCGUAUGUGACAACAGAGAGUGGCAACGUGACUGAAGGUUAUUCAGUCUUUUCACUCAGUGGUCAGCAAACAGACGGUACUACUUGGCUACAAGCUGUGAUACCUUUGACUGACCCGCCUUCCACAUUUCGAAUAGCACUUGAAGUCACAGGUACAACUGGAUUCCGUGCAGACACUGCCGUCGACGACAUAGAGAUCACUUUCAUAGACAUUGAAGCGCCUGAAGUGACUUGUCCAAACAGUGUCCCUUCCAUGAGUACAGACGUGGGACUGUCAACUGCCGUGGUCACUUGGUCGCCACUGCCAUCAGCUACUGAUAACAUGGACGUGUUUGAUUCCAGCAACAUCACAUGCAAAGACGAUGGUGGCAAUCUUGUGGAAUCCAAUGGAACAUAUGCACUUGGUCCAACAACAGUGACAUGCAAUGCUACCGAUAUGGCAGGAAAUCAGGGCUUUUGUAACUUUUCAAUCACAAUAAUAGAUACUGAAGCGCCCAAUGUCACCUGUCCUAGCAGCAUCCCCUCCAUGACUACCGACGCGGGACUGUCAACUGCCAUGGUCAUUUGGUCGCCACUGCCAUCAGCCACUGAUAACGUGGACGUGUUUGAUUCCAGCAACAUCACAUGCAAGGAUAAUUCAGGCAAUGUUGUGGAAUCCAAUGGAACAUAUGCCCUUGGUCCAACAACAGUGACAUGCAAUGCUACCGAUAUGGCAGGAAAUCAGGGCAUUUGUAACUUUUCAAUCACAAUAAUAGAUACCGAGGCUCCUGUUAUUGAGUUUUGCCCACAAAAUGUAGUGAAUGAGACAACUGAGGCAACAUUCAGCUCGACAUGGACUCCACCAAAUGCAACUGACAACAGUGAUCCCGCCGAAAAUAUAACAAUAUUAGCAUCACAUAACCCGGGUGAUAACUUCACUGCGGGUACAAUUACUGAAGUCAAAUAUAUAUUCAUUGAUACCUCAAACAAUUCUGCCGUGUGCAUCUUCAAUGUGACAGUCAAUGACAUCGGUGAUCCUGUGUUUCUCACUUGCCCGGACAGACUGGUGUUUACACUUGCACAAGGACAAGAUAGAAUUCUUGUCAACUUUGCCAUACCAAUUGUUGAGGAUAAUUCUGGUGAGGUAAUUGUCCCUGUCUCUGAUCCACAACUGAUGCUUCCUACCGACUUUUCUUAUGGUGAGACGUCUAUCUGCUACAAUGCAACGGAUUCUUCAGGAAAUCGUGCAGUGCCCUGCGUCUUCACAGUGGUUGUUCAUGAUGAAGAAGAUCCCAAAUUCACUGUCUGCCCUCAGUCCCCUGUAAGCCCCAUCACCACGGACCCUAACAGCAACACGGCCAACUAUAGUUGGGUGGCCCCUAAGGCGACAGAUAAUGUGGCAGUCAUGUCAGUGGACUCCUCCCACACAAGUCCAGCUGCACUUCCAAUCAGGAAUAAUACCAUCACUUACACAGCUACCGACCCUGCUGGAAAUACUGGAAUUUGUGAAUUCUACGUUACUAUCAUUGACGUGGAACCCCCCACUGUGUCCCGUUGUCCAGCUGAUAUCAUCAAUUCAACUGACCCUGGCUUGAGUAACGCCACAGUGUACUGGCAAGAGCCUACAUUCAGGGACAAUGAUGGAUUGUCUUUUAACACAAGUACACAUAGCCCAGGGGACCCUUUUGGAGUAGGAAACACCACCGUCACAUACAAUGUCACCGACAUAUCUGGUAAUGUAGCACACUGCUCAUUCCUGGUAACUAUUGAAGACAAUGAGGUGCCAACAUUUGUAAAUUGUACCGAAGUGAUCCGUACUGGAACAGCUCCUGGCAAAGCCACCAAAAAGGUCACUUGGGCCACACUGGAUUACAGGGACAAUGUUGGUAUUGAUAACAUAGUCAGCAGCCACAACUCGGGUGACACUUUUGGCCUGGGGAACGUCACUGUGACCAUCUCAGUCAGUGAUGAAGCACAGAACACCGCCAACUGCUCGUUUGUUGUCACUGUCAUUGAUGAUGAACCUCCAAGUUUUAAAGCCUGUCCUGCUGAUAUCAUCAACAGUACCGACGCUGGACUGAAUUCAUCUGUUGUCUACUGGCAAGAGCCAACGAUCACAGACAAUGUUGGGGUGGUUGCUAACUAUAGCUCCCACAGCCCAGGCGAUGUCUUUCCUGUUGGGAACACCACAGUAAUCUACAUUGCCAGUGACAGUGCUGGUAACACCAACAACUGCUUAUUUAGUGUCAGUGUGGAAGAUGAUGAACCUCCAGAGUUAUUAUGCCCUGUUUAUGUUGUCAACAGCACCGAUGCUCAUCAGAAUUCUUCCAAUGUCUUCUGGCAAGAACCUAUAUUCACUGACAAUGUUGGCAUCGUCAGUAAUGAAAGCUCCCACCGUCCAGGGGAUGUUUUUCCCCUUGGUAACAUCACGGUUACCUACUCAGUCAGUGACAAAGCUGGGAAUGUGGCCAACUGCUCGUUUAUUGUCAGUGUUGAAGAUAACGAAGCCCCAAAUGUCAUGAAUUGCCCAGCUGAUGUGGUCAAUAGUACCAUGGCCAACCAGAGUUCGGCUUUUGUUUACUGGCGGGAACCGUCCUUCUCUGACAACGUGGGCGUGGUCAGCCGUGGCAAUUCUCACAGUCCAGGGGAUGUUUUCCCAUUUGGUAACACUACCGUAACCUAUACUGCCAGUGAUGCUGCCGGGAAUGUCAGGAACUGCUCUUUCAUUGUAACUGUUCAAGACAACGAAGCCCCUACCGUGUCAAACUGUCCAGCAGACCUUGUCAAUGGUACUGAUCCAAGCCUGCCUUCUUCUGUUGUCUACUGGCAAGAACCAACUUUCUCUGACAAUGUGGCCAUUGCCAUUAAUGAAAGUAACCUCAACCCAGGAGACGUGUUCCCUGUGGGCAACACUACCGUAAUCUACUCUGUCAGCGACAGCUCUGGAAACACUGUCAACUGCUCGUUUAUUGUCACUGUCAAAGACACUGAGGCCCCAAUGUUCAGCACCUGUUCAAGCGUGACAAUUGAGGUAGAUCCCGGACAAGCCACGUCCAUGCAGGAGUGGAUGUUUCCUGUUGCUACAGAUAACGUGGCCGUGACAAGGAACAGUUCCACCCAGCAACGAGGUGGCAGUCUAUCCCUAGGGGUUCAUGAAGUGACAUACGUUGUUUACGAUGCUGCUGGAAAUAAUAACACCUGUGUGUUUGAGAUCAUUGUUGAAGACAAUGAGAUGCCUAACAUCACAAACUGCCCCAUGGAUGUCACUCUAAACACAACUAGAGGUAGACCAGUAGCAACCUACAGUUUCCCCACACCUGUCUGCAUAGACAACGCCGGAUCUGUGACUGUUACCACGUCCAAGUUGGAUGAUGAAUACAGCAUUGACGACACCACAGUGAUCAUAGCCUGCUUGGACGAGACAGGGAACACUGACACUUGCACUUUCACUGUAACCGUCCAAG